UUUCUUGACAAAGUGAAGAGAAAAUUAAUUAAUUUAAUUAAUUAAUUUUGAUCAUGACAAGACAAGGAGAUUCAUCAAGAUGGAUUCUUGAAAAUCAAGAAAUUGAUCAUAAAAUGAUGGUUGAUAUUCCGAUCAAUAAUUUCUCAUUAUUACCACCAAGAAGUUCUAAUGAUCAUAUUAAUGUGAAUGUUGGUAAUAAUUAUGGAAUGCAUUCGGGGAAUCUAGGGAAAAAUACGUCCGUAAAUCUUGGAAUGCAUUCGGGAAAUCUUGGAAAAAACACUUCGGUAAAUCUUGGAAAACAUUCGGGGAAUCUUGGAAAAAAUGCGAAAAAUAUCGGACAAUCUAUGAGGAGAAGUACGAGUAGUAUUGGUGAAUCUUUGAGGAGAACUACGAGCACUGUAUUGAAGAAAACUGGAGUGAUUUCUACGAUUCAAGCGGCCGGCCCGCCCCGUCCGCGGCCGCCGCGGAGAAUGGAAAGAACCGCCUCGUCUGCUGCAAGAGGGCUUAAUAGUCUCAGGUUUCUUGAUAGAACAGUUACAGGGAAAGAAGGGGAUGCUUGGAGGUCAAUUGAAAAACGGUUUGAUCAAUUUGCUGUUGAUGAUAGGCUUUCCAGGGACAAAUUUGGAAUUUGCAUUGGAUUGGGAGAAUCGAAAGAAUUUGCAGGAGAAAUAUUUGAUGCAAUUGCAAGGAGAAAGAAUAUAAGCACUGAAAAUGGAAUAACAAAGAAUGAAGUGAAGUUGUUUUGGCAAGACAUGACUAGACAAGAUCUUGAUGCUAGACUACAAAUAUUUUUUGACAUGUGUGACAAGAAUGGAGAUGGAAAACUAUCAGAGGAGGAGGUGAAGGAGGUUAUUAUAUUGAGUGCCUCUGCAAAUAAGCUUACGAAUCUGAAUAAACAAGCAGAAUCAUAUGCGUCUUUAAUCAUGGAAGAACUCGACCCCGAUCAUCUUGGAUAUAUCGAGAUGUGGCAAUUAGAAACUCUACUAAGAGGAAUGGUAAACAAUGACGAAGAUGUCAAGAAAUUACAAACACAAACUCUUACAAGAGCCAUGAUCCCCAAAAAAUACAGAACUCCCAUCAUUAAACACCUCAAUUUAACCACUGAAUUUAUCUACGAAAAUUGGAUGAGAAUUUGGGCUCUCACCGCCUGGUUAGCAAUGAAUGCAUUUCUCUUCAUGUGGAAAUUCGAACAUUUCAAGCACUCACAAAUGUUCAAAAUCACAGGCUAUUGUGUCUGUCUAGCGAAAGCUUCGGGCGAAACCAUAAAAUUUAAUAUGGCGCUUAUUCUUAUUCCGGUUUGUCGAAGAACACUUACGAAACUCCGGUCGACAAUUUUAGGAAAAUUCAUCCCUUUCGACGAUAAUAUUAAUUUUCAUAAAAUAAUUGCGGUAGCUAUUGUGAUUGCGAGUGUUAUUCAUUCUUUCGCGCAUUUGGCUUGUAAUUUUCCGCUACUGAGUUCGUGCCCUAAAAAGAAAUUUAUGGCGGUAUUGGGACGAUUGUUACAUCAUCACCAACCGACGUAUCGAGAGCUACUGUUGCAUACUACGGUAGGCAUAACGGGGAUUUUGAUGGUGUUAAUUAUGGGGUUUGCGUUUACGCUCGCAACACAUUCGUUCCGGAAAAAUGCUAUAAAGUUACCGGGAACAUUUCAAAGGUUGGCAGGGUUUAAUGCGUUUUGGUAUGCACAUCAUUUGCUUGUUUUGGCGUAUAUUCUCCUGAUUUUACAUGGCUACUUCCUGAUUUUUUCAAGAGUUUGGUAUAAGAAAACGACCUGGAUGUACGUUCUAGUUCCGGUUUUAUUUUAUGUAAUUGAAAGAAUAUUUUCGCGAUACGAACAUAACCUUCAAGUCGAUGUUCUUAAGGCAGUAAUAUAUUCAGGAAAUGUCCUGACACUAUACAUGACUAAACCUCCAGGAUUCAAGUAUAAAAGUGGGAUGUACAUUUUUAUCAAGUGUCGCGAUAUUUCGAAAUACGAAUGGCAUCCAUUUUCUAUCACUUCAGCACCGGGAGAUAAUUAUUUGAGUGUUCAUAUUCGAACAUUGGGAGAUUGGACCAGAGAGCUUAAAAGCAGAUUUGAAAGAGUAUGUGAUCCCCCACCUAGAACACCAAUUUCAGGAAAACUAAUGAGAAUUGAGACUAAAACAUUGUCAACAGCAAAUUAUAAUGAAAUACAAGCAACAUUCCCAUCAAUCCUUCUGAAGGGGCCAUUUGGAGCACCAGCCCAAAGUUAUAGCAAGUUUGAUAUACUCUUACUCAUAGGUUUAGGAAUUGGAGCAACUCCAUUUAUUAGCAUUGCCAAGGAUCUCCUUUAUCACAUCAGAAGAAACGAAACCAACGACCGUAAUCCAGCAGAACCGUUGGAGUCGCCGAAAAAAUGUCCCGAAAGAGCAUAUUUUUAUUGGGUGACUAGAGAACAAAGCUCCUUUGAAUGGUUUAAGGGUGUCAUGGAUGAUAUUGCAAAUUCUGAUCGUAAUAAUGUAAUAGAGAUGCACAAUUACUUGACUAGUGUAUAUGAACAAGGGGAUGCCAGGUCAGCACUUAUAGCUAUGGUGCAAAAAUUGCAGCACGCCAAGAAUGGAAUUGAUAUAGUUUCUGAAAGUAAGAUAAAAACACAUUUUGCAAGACCCAAUUGGAGAAAGGUAUUGUCUCAACUGACCAAUGAACAUCCAGCGUCACGGAUAGGUGUAUUUUACUGUGGAAGUGCAACACUAGCCAAACCACUAAAGAAACUCUGCCAAGAAUUCAGCUUAAAUUCAACAACUCGAUUCCAUUUCCACAAAGAAAACUUCUAAAUAAUAGCAAUAUAUGCACACAAAUUUUGGUAGAGAAAUAUUGCAAUUAAUUUUACUUCCCCAAAUUCUUUACCCCCUUAAUAUUUGAUGUAUCCACAACAAGAACCAUUAUGUAUAUAAAUUUAUC